AAGCAAGUUUUAUUUAGUUAUUUUUCCAAAAAAUGGGUAAAAAAGAUAAGAACAAGAAGAAAGGCAAAGGAGCCGAAAAAACCCAAGCAAAAACCGACAAGAAAUUGAGCAGCAAGCUUAAAAAAGAGCUGAAAAACUUGGGAGAGGACGAUAUUGAAUCCAUUGUGGCCCAAAUCGAAAGCCAAGAAAAGAAACGAUUGCAAGUCACUGAAUGCCAGGUAGACCCACCUUCCCGACGUGUAAACUUCACCUUUGUCGCUCACCCUGACAAAGACCAACUAAUUUUAUACGGAGGCGAAUUCUUCAAUGGCCAAAAAACCUUUGUCUACAACGAUCUAUUUUUCUACAACAUCCCCAAUAACACUUGGACUUUGAUAAAAGCCCCAGCAGGCCCGCCUCCGAGAUGCGGACAUCAAAUGGUAGCCACUUCAGCUAACAAAGGCCAAAUGUGGGUGUUUGGGGGCGAGUUUGCCAGUCCUACACAGUCUCAGUUUUACCAUUACCGAGACCUUUGGGUUUAUCAUGUGGCUCAGAAACAAUGGGAGAAAAUUACUAGCCCUGAAGGGCCUAGUGCUAGAAGUGGGCACAGGAUGUGUUUGGUUAAAAAGCAGCUAUUUGUAUUUGGAGGUUUUCACGAUAAUUUAAGAGACUAUAAAUAUUUUAAUGAUGUUUAUUGUUUUGAUUUGGAAAGUUAUAAGUGGAAGAAGAUUGAGGCUGUUGGCACUGCUCCUGCACCGAGAUCAGGCUGUUGCAUGAUGCCUUUACAAGAUGGCAGGAUUUUAAUUUAUGGAGGAUAUAGUAAAGAGAGGCUAAAAAAAGAUGUUGAUAAAGGCCAUGUAUAUACUGAUGCCUUUGUUUUGGGACUAGAUAAACAUGACCAAACUAAAUAUAAAUGGCAACAAGUCAAAAUUGGAGGACAGCAUUUUAGUCCUAGAUGCAGCAUGCCUGUUGUCACUUCUAUAAAUAAUUUAUCAGCUUAUUGUUUUGGAGGUGUUUUUGAUGUUGAGGACGAUGAAGAGGAUAUUUCUGGUAAUUUUUUUAAUGAUUUUUAUCAGGUGGAUUUAGAGAAAAUGAUUUGGAGGCAAAUGCAAUUGAGUAAUAGAAAGGAUAGCAAGCCUAGAAGGCAAAAAGCCACUAAUGAAGAAGAAACAACAACAUCAAUGGAAGUAGAAUCAGCAACAACAACAAUAGCAGAUGAUGGUGUAUUUAAAGUCACCAUUGGUCCUACACCCAUAACCAAUGAAGCAACAACAAACACUGAAGAAAUCAAAUUGUUCCAGCCAAGCCCUAGAAUGAAUUGUGGCUUAGCAAUCAAACAUGGAGUUCUUUAUUUGUAUGGAGGCAUGUAUGAGGACGGCGAACGCGAACUUACCUUUAGUGAUUUGUAUAGCUUGGACCUUAAAAAAUUAGAUGAAUGGAAAGUUAUUAUUGAAGAUGAUGCUUCAAAGAUUGAAUGGUUGGGUUCAGAUGAUAGUGAGAGUGAGGAAGAGGAUAGUAGUGAAGAAGAGGAGGAAGAUGAUAGUAGUGAAGAAGAGGAGGAAUCUAAUAAUAUGGAAACUGAAUAAAAUAAUUUACUUUAUUUUGCUAAAAACAUACAAACAAACAAUAGACAUUACAAAUUAAGUUUCCAUUAAAUUAGAUUUUGCUUGUCGCCUCUCUUUGUAUGAUUUCCUUUUCAACUCUUGCCUCUUUUCCAAAGUUACUAAAUAUUGUUCAAGGCAUUUGUAAUCUUUAGGCAUUUUAUUUAAUAAUUCCUCUGGCACAUCUAUGCCUAAUUUUUCCGGCAACAUAUAAGUAUAAAGCCACCCUAAUAAAGGAGUUUGUCCAAAAACAUAGUGCAACUCCUUAUGGUAAAACACUAUUCCAGUGUCCAAGACACUUGUAGAUUUCUCAAACACUUUUUGUUGAAUCAAUGAUUUUUCUGCAGGAAAGAAUUUGAUUAGCUGAAACUUAUGUGGUUUGCUUGUUUGAAGUAACUUGGAAUUUUCAUUAAACUGAGUUUCCAGCCAGUAAAACCUAAAAGUAGUCUCACUGUCUAGCAUAGACAUAGUAUUCCAAAAUAGGCAAUCUAAUACAAAAAUUGUUUGGGUUGAUUUGUUGUAAAUGCAGUCCAAUACUGUAAGGCCAUGGUGUUUGUUCAAGCCACCUCCAGGGAAAUGGGUUUUUAGUGUUAAUACUUUACCUCUUUCAUUAAGUACUACUGUGCGGAAUUUUUUAGCUAUGACUAAUACCCGGAAGCCUUCAGGGGCUAAUUUUACUAGCCAGUUGUCUUCCAAAUCUAUUGGAACAUCUGUAAACCAUUCGGAAAACAUUAGGAAAAAUUUAUCUUUUUUUUUGGGUUUUUGUUGAGGAUCCACUUCCAUGUCUUCCACUGGUACUUCAUCUUCCUCCUCUGAAAACAGUUCAGACAAGUCUCUUUGCCGGUCAACCAAGCUGUGUCGUUUCUCUUUUUGCUCUUUCAGUAGGAAUUCUCGUCUUUCUUGCUGCGACAGCUCACUGGUUGUUUGGCCGUUGGUUUUGUACAAAUGGGCAAAGGCAGAGGUGAACUUUUCAUCGGGUUCGUCAUUAUUUUUGGUUUCUAGAGACAUUUUUUGUUUUUCGUAUAUUUGUUUGGAUUUGAAGAAUGAAGAAACUGCGGUUAU